AGUUGUGUGCAUCCGAAAAUCCUACCAUCUUUCUCUUCGCUGUUUCUCUCGGUGAGAGAUUAAAAUUUAAUUUAAACAAAUUUAUAUCUUCAAGUUUUAUUGCUAUUCGUGGGCCAUAUUCGCAACAUGUUGCAAUCUAUAUUCGACGAUGUUCGUCGUAUGAAUAAACGACAGUUUCUGUAUCAGGUGCUAAGCUUUGGUAUGAUAGUUUCGUCCGCGUUGAUGAUAUGGAAGGGUCUGAUGGUUGUCACCGGAAGCGAGAGCCCUAUCGUGGUAGUAUUAAGCGGAAGCAUGGAGCCUGCAUUUCACAGAGGCGACUUGCUAUUUCUGACCAAUUAUCAGGAUGAACCAGUGAGGGUGGGUGAGAUUGUUGUUUUCAAAGUUGAAGGCAGAGACAUUCCUAUUGUGCAUCGAGUACUUAAGCUUCACGAAAAAGGCGACCAAAAUAAUACAGUCAAGUUUCUCACAAAGGGUGAUAACAAUUCUGUUGACGAUAGAGGUUUGUAUGCGCCCGGUCAACUGUGGUUGACGCACAAGGAUGUGGUCGGUCGAGCAAGAGGAUUUUUGCCGUACGUCGGAAUGGUCACGAUUUAUAUGAAUGAGUAUCCUAAGUUCAAAUAUGCGGUACUAGCGUGUCUCGGAUUGUAUGUUUUAGUUCAUAGAGAAUAAAAAAAUUGCCUCAUAUAUUAA